AUGAAAAUCCAUCACCUCAUCAAUAUUUCUCACUAUUUGCUCCUUUCGUUGUGCUUAUUGGGUAUUGGACUUGCAACCAGUACUGCUGUGAAACCGAAAUCAAUAUGCAUUGAGGAAGAAAGGAAAGCACUUGUGAGCUUCAAACAAGAUCUUACUGAUCCCUCUGGUAGGCUUUCUUCUUGGGUGGGUCAUGAUUGCUGCCGUUGGGAAGGGAUUUCAUGCAACAACCGCACCGGUCAUGUUUCCCAAAUGGAUCUCCGCAAUACAUAUUACGAGUCCACGACUGAUGAAGAGUGGGACGAGUUGGCUUUUGAGCAGUCUUGCUUGGGGGGUAAGAUAAAUCCUUCUUUGCUUAGCUUGAAACACUUGCAUUACCUGGACUUAAGUUGCAAUGGUUUUCAAGGGAUCCACAUUCCUAACUUCUUUGGAGAGCUUAAAACUCUGAGGUAUCUCAAUAUCUCCUUUGCAGAGUUUGGCAGAGAGAUUCCCCCUUCUCUUGGUAACUUAUCAAACUUGAACUAUCUUGACAUCGGUGGUUCAUAUCUCUCUUCCAAAAACUUGAAUUGGCUUUCUCAUCUCUCUUCCCUAAAAUACCUCAAUCUCAUUGGAGUGGAUCUUCAUAACAACACAAAUUGGCUGCAUGUUGUUAACAUGCUUCCUUCCUUACUGGAGUUACACUUAUCUGGUUGCGGAUUAGUAAGCCAUCCACUAUCUCUACAGAGGAUUAACUUCACCUCACUUUCGGUCCUUGAUCUUUCAUUUAAUCAUUUCAAUACUUCUUCAUUUCCCAGCUGGAUUUUCAAUCUUACUAGCCUCAAAAGACUUGAUCUAUACAGCAAUUCUUUCGGUGCUCAUUUUCCAGUUGAACUUGGAAACCUCAAAUCUCUUGAAUACCUAGAUUUAACUCAUUCGGAGCUCGAAGAUAGUGGAGUUCCCAGAGUCCUUGGAAACUUAUGCAAGCUAAGGACAUUAAAUCUUGGGUGGAACGAUUUUAGUGGUGGGGGGAUUGCAGAGUUUUGGGGGAGUUUGUCAAAUUGUCCAAAUAAUACACUAGUAUUAGUCUCACUAGAUUUGUCUAGUUGCAGGCUGGAAGGCCAAUUGCCGGCCUCCUUAGGAAUGUUAAAAAGUUUGCAGUAUUUGGACCUCACUGAUAAUUACAUGAACGGGUCCAUUCCACAAAGUCUAGGACAACUCUCCGCGCUAGUUGUACUCCGUCUGUCUCAGAAUUAUUAUGAAGGCAAUAUAACGGAAGCCCAUUUCAUUAAUCUCACCAACUUGAAAAGGCUUUCAAUAGGAAACGAGUUCGAUGACAUACAAAAGCCCAUGUCCCUUGUUUUCAACGUGUCUUAUGAUUGGGUUCCUCCUUUCAAGCUCCACUCAAUUAAUAUUUUCAACUGUAAAGUAGGUCCUGGUUUUGGGGUAUGGCUUCGAUCUCAGACUGAACUGGCACAUGUCACCCUUAGUAGAACUGGAAUAUCAGAUUCUAUACCAGAGGAAUGGUUGUUGAAGCUAUCUUCCCAACUCACAUACCUUAAUUUAUCUUACAACGAAUUCCGAGGAAGGCUUUCAUCCAACAAAUUGAUGAGAUUUCCGAAUUUAAGAAGAAUAAGUUUGGAUCAUAAUCAAUUUGAGGGACCACUCCCACUUUGGUCCACUAAUGCAUCUUCCUUUGAUCUUGAAAGCAAUUUAUUUUCCGGGCCAAUCCCCUCCAAUUUUGACAAGCUGAUGCCCAAAUUGGAAGAAUUGUAUCUUUCAGAGAAUUAUUUGAAUGGUACAAUUCCACCUUCUAUUUGCAACAUACAAAACCUAAUAAUCCUUUCCCUGAGGAGCAAUCAUUUUUCUGGAGAAUUCCCUCACGCAUGGAGUUCGGGGAGCCAAAUAAGAAUUGUAGAUGCUGCCUACAACAAUCUCUCUGGUAAUAUUCCCACUUCAAUGGGAGUAUUAAGUUCUCUUCAAAUAUUGAAGCUAAACAACAACAAUUUUGGCGGUAAGAUUCCACAUUCUUUGCACAAUUGCUCAGUUUUGAAAAGUAUCGAUCUUGGAGGCAACAAAUUAUCUGGGAGCAUACCUCCAUGGAUAGGAGGAUCAAAUGUAUCCAUGUUGUACAUGUUACGAUUGCGAUCCAACUUUUUUACUGGACAAAUUCCCAGACAAUUGUGCAAUCUUGGCAACCUUCACAUCCUCGACCUCAGCCACAACAACUUUUCAGGUACUAUUCCCACCUGUUUCAAUAAUUUGACUGCGCUUCUUCGUGAUGAUUCCAAUGAAUCACAUAUAAUAUAUAAUGAGCAAACCACGCUGACAUUAAAAGGACAAGAACUCGUGUAUAACACCACUCUGAUGCUGGUAAAGAGCAUUGAUCUUUCAUCAAAUUUUUUGGAAGGUGAAAUCCCUCAAGAGAUAGGUAGCCUCAUUUUUUUGGGUACCUUGAACUUGUCGAGAAAUCAGUUGACUGGUAAGAUCCCCUCAGAGGUUGGAAAUAUGCAUGGGCUCGAAACUCUUGAUCUCUCAAACAACUAUCUUUCAGGACAGAUUCCUCAAACCCUUGCAUCUUUAACAUUCUUGGCGCACUUGCAUUUGGCUUAUAACAACUUGGUGGGGAGAAUUCCUUUGGGCAACCAAUUUCAAACGUUCACUGAUCCGUCCAUAUAUAUGGGCAAUCCAUCAUUGUGUGGGGUUCCGCUUCCAAAAAAAUGCCCCGGAGAUGACACUUUUACUCCUACAAAUGCAAAACCCAGUAAUGAAGAUGGAAGUGAUAAUGGAGCGUUGUGGUUCUAUGUCAGCAUGAUCCUUGGCUUUAUUGUUGGCUUUUGGGGUGUUUGUGGCACAUUACUCAUGAAGAAAUCAUGGAGGUAUGCUUAUUUUCAAUUUUUGGACAACACCAAAGAUAAGGUAACACUAGCAAUUGCGUUGAAAGUGGCUCGUUUGCAAAGAAAGUUUCGUCAUGUUUAG